CCUUAUAUUUAGCAGACAAAAUGGCAAGCGGACAGUUCUAACGAGAAAACGUGAAAGGAAAAGACACUGUGCAUAAAAUUUGUUUCUUUAUUUGAAAUUCCAUCGGUUCCUUUUUCAACAGAAAUUUGCUGAAGAAGAGAAGCACAGCUCCAAUGGAGGCAACGCCAAACGAAGGUGAAGACAAGGGAAUCAGAUCCUCAAUUUCAUUAUACUCCUUUCAUUUAUGGAACCAAAUAGUAUCAUUUGUGCCAUCUCGUCAUGAUUCCAAUUUUCUUUGGAAGCUUUCGAGUCUCCUUCGCCGGAAGAGACGCAAGACUGGUCUUCCUAUUCCUCUACCUUUGAACUCGAUAAACUCUUCUGUUUUAACAGUAACUGGCUGGGAACCAGCAGAGGCUUCUAGACUGUACGAUGUUUUGGGAGAUCUCUUGGAGCACUGUUUCUCAAACUUACAUAGCAUUUGGAAGAACCUGCAAUUCUGGCAAUCUCGUGCAGAGGGUACAAAUGCUCAAAAAGUUUACUUUUUGAUUUGUGAGAGAGGUCCAAGGGCGUUUUUCAGUGGAACAGUGCAGUUAAUGCGCCAAAGUCUUAGGGAUGGUUUUUCCUUGCAACAUGUAGCUGGUGAGGCAUCUCUUUACAUAGCUCACCGGAUAAGUAUAUUGAGCAACUUAAGAUGUCAUCUUGCAGUUUUUGUGGCUCAGGUCUUUAUGGAAAUUGACAAAAUUGGGGCAGAGGCAGUCGAUGGUCAAGAAAAUUCCUUACCAUCAUUGUUGGUUACAUUGAAUGGCUUAUUUCUCGAUCUAGAGGCAUCAAUUUGUCAACUGCAUGCAACACCUCAUAUGGAUUUUAUUGAUGACAGCGUUUCAUUUCCUCUAUUUGAAAAAGUACCAGAUGUGAACAAGGAGGGAUCUCAGUGGACAAGUUGUGAAAUUGGUGAUGCUAUCAACUUGCUUUAUCAGAACCUUCACAAGUUGGACUCUUUCAUCUCUAAUCUUGUUUAUAAACAUCGAAAGCCAAGGAAACUAACUCAAUACUGGCUUGGAUAUUCUUGUGGUGCAAUUGGUCUUUCAAUCUGUUCUGCUUGGCUUAUUCAACAUAGUAGUUUAAUGGGGAGCAAUGACAUUGAGAAUUGGGUUCGCGAAGCACAUAAUUCAGCAGCGAGUUUCUUCAAGGAUCAUGUAGAACAACCGCUUAUUUCAAUUAGAGAUGAACUUUUUGAUACAUUCAGAAAGAGGCAUAAAGGUGUGAUGGAGGUUCAAGAGGUUCAGUUAACUGCUAUCUCGCUGCACAGAAUGUUACUUGCUUUCAGUGAGCACACAAAAGGCCAGAAGUUUCCAGACGAUGCAUCGGAUCAAGAAAUGCUUGCAAUAGUUAUGACCAGGUAUGAGAAAGAACUGAUGCAUCCUAUUCAAAAUCUUCUUAGUGGAGAGCUGGCCCGUGCUUUGCUUAUCCAGGUGCAGAAGCUAAAAUUAGAUAUUGAGACGGCAAUGCUUGAGCUUGACCAGAUUCUCAAGGCAAAUGAAAUCAAUUUUGCUGUUCUAGCUGCAUUGCCCGCAUUCUUUCUCUCACUUCUUUUGCUGAUGCUUUUGCGUACGUGGUAUAAACAGGAUACUAGAGCUGAAGGGAAGGGAAGAGCUGCUCGCCUUCAGAGAAGACUACUAGUUGUGGAGGUGGAGAAAGCAAUAAUGCAAUACCAGAGCUUUGUUGACCAAGGACGUGUAAAGGAUGCUGAAUGUAGGUUUGGGUUACUGUUGUAUAGUUUGGGUCGGUUGUACCAUGCAUCCGAGAAGCAUGCCAAAGCAACUGGUGAAUGGCUACAUUUGAGGCAGGAUAUUUUGGACCUUGGGAAGCCCAGUCUUCCAACAAGAGAUAAGCUCAGAAUUACGUGGCGCAUGGAACGGGUAUAUGAUUGUUUACUUCCUGCAUUGAAACGUUCAUAACGAUCGACUUUUUCUUCUAUUCAACUCUCCAGAACAUUUUUUUUAUUAUUAUUAUUUACUGAAUGGAAGUAUUUUGCUCCCACUUCCAAGCCUAAUGCCUUUUUCAACCUGCAUUUCGGCCCUUGGUUAAACCACCUAGUUUUUGUUGUUGAGAAAGAAAGAUGCACAAUGUUGUCUGGCUUUGCUUUUCAUUGUCCUGAUAACUUUGUCUUAAAUGUUAGUAUUGAACUCUGUAAAAGUACUCUUUACUAAUGAAAGAACUGUUUAAAUUCAAAUUCA